GAUCUGAAGAACGACUUGUCAGUGUUAUUACUGAUUCGUUGACGCACUCAAACACCCCUUAUCAGUAUUGAUAAAAUAGAAGCACUGUUAUUCAAAUGAAAUCAUACUUCAGUCCAGUAUAAAUACGCAAUUUUCCCUUAAAGCAUUCUUUGAAAAUAAAAUAAAACUGCCUUUUAUCCGACCAAAAGAGUUAUUAACAGUAAGAGGUUUUGUACGUGAAAACAAUGCCAUUUCUGACGUUCUUUACGUCAGAGUAACCGUUUAGGGACAAUUGUACACUUUUAGAAUUAGACAAUAGGCGUGGAUUUCAUUGGACUGACAAUAAUCAAUGUUUUAGCAAGUCUUAGUCUGCUCGAGUUAGUGACUGUGCAGAGGUGAUAUUUAACGGACAUUUGAUCAUGAGUCAAAAGCCAAGGAACGAUUUACUAUUUAGGGCUUGUAAUCAGACAGUAGAUGUUGUUCGGCCUUCUAAGAUUGUCCGUAUUAUUUAUUUCAGUAGUUCAAUUUACAACAUAGAAAUCUACAUGUAUUGUCGCGAUUCCACGACAGACGGUUUAUUACCACGGCGUAUAGUGAAACGUAUGGACAAUAUUCAGGAUUACGACGAUUCCGAAGAAGAGAUCGGGCCCCCGGUACCAGAAGAAUAUAGAAUAAAUUAUGAUGACGUCGAAAUGAAGAACGCGAAUGAUACACAACACGGGGAAAGGGAUGAAAAAGGGCAAGUACCUAAAGAGUAUGAGCAGGAUGAGAUAGAACCUCCAGUACCUAAGGAGUACGAGCAGGAUGAGAUAGGACCUCCAGUACCUAAGGAGUACGAGCAGGAUGAGAUAGGACCUCCAGUACCUAAGGAGUACGAGCAGGAUGAAAUAGGACCACCUGUGCCAAAAGAAUAUGAACAGGAUGAUGAAAUUGGGCCUCCUGUGCCUAGAGAAUAUGAAGAGGGUAGUGACAUAGGACCUCCAGUUCCUGAAGACUACGAGCAAAGGGACAGCGAUAGCGAUGAAAGCGAUGAAGAAGAGAUGGACGUAAAUAAAGACAUACCAAUCACUUCAAAUGUAACAAUGGCGCACGGUAUAAAGCCCGUUGUCGCUCUGAGCCUCGACCCUUCAGGUACAAGACUGGCAUCUGGAUCCGUAGACUAUGACGUGCGAUUCUGGGAUUUUGCCGGAAUGGACAGCACACUCCAGAGCUUCCGUACAUUAACACCUUGUGGUAACAAUCCUAUAAAAGCACUCGAUUAUUCAGCGACGGGUGAUAAUGUUCUGGUCAUAUCUGGUAUGUCGCAAGCUAAAGUUUUAGACAGGGAUGGCCAUGAAAAAUUCGAAUGUAUUAAAGGAGACCAGUAUGUGAGUGACAUGGCGAUGACGAAAGGUCAUGUUGCACCUUUGACAAGCGGUUGUUGGCAUCCAAGAGUGAGAGAGGAGUUCCUUACAACAGCUCUCGACUCGACAUGUAGAGUUUGGGUUGUAAAACGGCCCAGUAAACACAUCGGCCUGAUCAAAUGCCGAGCGAAGAAUGGUUUAAAAACAAACCCAACAGCUUGUUGUUACAACAGAGAUGGAACAAUAAUAGCAUGUGCUUGUGUUGACGGUUCCGUUCAGCUGUGGGACAGGCGGAAAGCUUUUGUCAACCCAUUGAAAAUGCUACGUGAUGCACAUAGUUGCAACACUGAAACAUCAUCUGUUACGUUUUCUUACGGCGGAUUCCUUAUAGCAACAAGAGGAGGUGACGAUACGUUAAAACUAUGGGACAUGAGGAAUUUCAAAAAGUCUUUAUUUGAAGUGGAUAAUCUCUACUCAAGAUACAGUAGUACAAACUGUAUGUUUAGCCCUAAUGAUUCUCUUCUGAUGACCGGAGUAUCUGUCGAGAAAGGUGAAUCAGAAGGCAAAGUGUUUUUUUAUGAUACAAAAACGUUAAGCCUUUCGAAAAGCCUGGAUGUUUGUGAUUCUCAUGUCAUUCAAGUUAAUUGGCACCCGAGACUUCAACAGAUAUUCAUGGGCUGCGGUGAUGGUACUGUAAGAGCUUACUAUGGAGAAGCAAAGACAGGACGUGGGGCACAACUCUGUGCUCAGAAGAAUCGCAAGAAGUCCAAACAAGUCGAAGUCAUCGCAGCCCAGCAGAUCAUAACACCUCACGCACUUCCGAUGUUCAGGCAAGAAAAGCAGAAAUCGACUCGGAAGAAGUUGGAAAAAGAAAGGCUCGACCCUGUUAAAUCGAGGAGACCAGAUUUGCCCAUCAAUUCAGGCCAAGGAGGACGUGUUGCCGCAUCAGGAAGCACGCUCAGCUCUUACGUUAUUCGUAAUCUGGGUCUGAGCAAACGAGUCGAUGACGAUCAAGAUCCAAGAGAGGCCAUUCUUCGUUUUGCAAAAGAAGCUGAGGAAAACCCUUACUGGAUUGCACCCGCAUACAAGAAAACUCAACCAAAAACUAUAUUUCAGACAGAAGCAACAGAUGACAAGGAUCAACCAGCUACUAAGAAAACUAAAAUGUAAAUUGUAAAUAUUUGUAAAUGUAAUGAUUUAUUUUGGUUAUUUUAAAACUCUUCUUAUUUAG